UUAGCAGAGUUUAAGAAGAUAAAUUGUAGAACUGGGCGGGGUUUAGCCAAAAUUAUGACUUUGUGGCUGUUGUAACUAGUAACGACCGCGAUAACCCCGCGUCACUUCCGCUCUGACACUCCCAGCAGGAAGAUGGCGGGUACUUCGAAAGAACACCGACUGUCCCAACAUGUUUACGCAACUCUACAGACCCUGUCAUGUUCCCUGGUCGAAGGUCUGUAUCUGCGUGAGGCCGACAGUAUGCAGGAACUACUGUGUACUCCAUCUCAACACCGCACCGACAUACUGGCAUGGAUCUGUAGCAGCAUCUGUCCAUCACUCAGUAAGAAACUGACCUUACUCAGAUCUAAAGACCUAAACACUCUCAACCAAGAGCUGGCAGUGUUUGGCCAGGAGAUGAUGCUGUGUAGAACAGAUGACCUGGACCUGAUCACGGGCCGGGCCUGUCCCCUGCGCCAGCUGUGUUUCCUGGAGCAGCUGCUAACUCUAGUGCCUGGCUCCAUGGGGUCUAGUGGGGACAGCAGGGCCGGAGGAGAGGGCCUACUGAAGGAACUCUUCUGUCCUGAAGCUCUGCCUCACCUGACACACACACUCACCCCUACACUCACCCCCUGGCCCUCUGACAUCAGGGGUGCCAGGAAGGGUCAGAGGUCACUACCCAGCAGGCCGACGGGCAAGGAGGUUGCUGAUGUCACAGCCCUGCUGGAGUCCACUCAAACCGCCCUGGAACAGCUGAAGGACCAGUGUGUGUUCCUGCGUGAAGAGGCCAGUCCUAGCCGGUUCUCUGUGCGCACGUUGCGUGUAGCUGUGUCUGACCUGGCCCAGAUGAUGAGUGUAUUCAGCCGUGUGUACGAGGCGGAUUUCAGAUGCUGCAAAGAACCUCCCAGUCUCAGAUCACACACAAACAUCUUCAGCACUGUCCAUAGGCUGCUCACCGCCUGCAACACGGAGCUCGAUGUCCUGCAGCAGGUAUCCGAGGUGUCUGUCUGUCUGUCUGACACAGUGAAGGAGGACCCUUGCUACUGGAGCCAUGGACACAAACACACACUUUCCACCCAGUUGGAGGACCUUACCAAGAGAUACACAGAGUUCCUUUCUCUUCACCACGGCUAACAAGCUACCGCUAACAUAACCCUAAACUCUACAGACAACUGUUAGCAUGCUACCGCUAACCUAACCCAAAACCUCGCAGACAACUAUUAGCUUGCUACUGCUAACUCUCCGUGACCACCACAUGCUUGCAUCAGUGUUAACUUUCCUGCCUUUCAAUGCUAAGGUUGUUUUAGUGUCCGUUCUAAGUGCAGACUGUGAUUUGAGCAAUAGGCAGAUCAUAUUCACUUCUCUAGCUUUGGCUUUCCAAGUUCCCAUCUUAGUUUUUUUUUGUUGUUUCAAUACAUUUGAAAUCACUUUUUGUAAAUGAUUUAAUAUGAAUGCACUAUAUAGGGAAUAGGGUACCAUUUGAGACUCAUUCAGCACCGAUACACCUGGCAAUAGUGUUGCAUUCAGCACCGAUACGCUACAUCAAAUUUGUUUUGGUGAUAAUAUGUUCUGCUUUCUCAACAGCGGAACUGCAUAAAUGUUUUUAAAAUUGUGUCUAUGUCUGAUAUUUGUCUCAAACAUUGUUCCCCCCUGCUGUCUUGGUUGCACCAGGUCUCUUGAAAAAUAGAUUUUAUCUCAAUGAGGAUGAAUAAAGGUUAAUACAAAAUACAGGCUA